GCGCUGACGAGAUCGCGGCGCGACGGCGCCAUUUCCUGCCGGCGGGGCAGGGCGGGCAGGCGAUGGCUUCGCAGGACGUGCUCAGCCAGACCGCCCGGCUGGCCUCCUCCAGCGCCGUGCUGCAGGUGCUGUUCCGGGGGGUCACCUUCGGGCUGAACGCCUUCACUCUGCGCUACCUCUCCAGGGAGCUCAUCGGCGUGGUCAACGUGAGGCUAACUCUGCUGUAUUCAACAGUUGUCUUCCUUGCCAGGGAGGCAUUUCGCAGAGCUUGCUUGAGUGGAAGUACAAAGCGAAACUGGACCAAAACAAUUAAUCUAUUGUGGCUGACAGUCCCAUUUGGUAUGUUUUGGUCUAUUUUCUUGGGCUUAGUCUGGCUACACUUUCUUGAAGUACCUGAUCCUUCUGUGGUUCCUCAUUAUCAGGCUGGUGUGGUGGCAUUUGGUCUUUCUGCAAUUAUUGAACUUCUGGGAGAACCAUUCUGGGUUUUAGCACAAGCUCAUUUGUUUGUGAGACUUAAGGUAAUUGCUGAAAGCCUUUCAGUAGUGUCAAAAUGCAUUUUGACAGUUAUUUUAGUAGUCCUUUAUCCUCAGUGGGGCCUCUACAUUUUUUCCUUGGCUCAGCUUUUGUAUGCCAGUGUUCUGGUAAUGUGCUAUGUUAUUUAUUUUGGGAUGUUUCUGGGAUCUCCUGAAGCCACAAAGAAGUCAUUUCCUGUUGCUAGAUUGAAAGCUCUAUUACCUAACUUGGUGGAAGAUGAGACCUUUGUUAACUGGAAGGAAGCACGGUUGACUUGGAGUUUCUUCAAACAAUCCUUCUUGAAACAGAUUUUGACAGAGGGUGAACGAUACGUGAUGACUUUUUUGAACGUAUUAAAUUUUGGAGAUCAGGGUGUAUAUGAUAUUGUGAGUAAUCUUGGUUCACUGGUGGCCAGGUUUAUCUUCCUGCCUAUUGAGGAGAGUUUUUAUGUCUUUUUCGCUAAAGUGUUGGAAAGAGGGAAGACUGUAAAGGAUCAGAAGCAGGAUGAUAUUGCUAUGGCUGCAAAUGUAUUAGAAUUGCUGUUGAAACUUGUGCUUCUGAUUGGCCUUACCAUCACGGUGUUUGGCUAUGCCUAUUCUCAGCUGGCUCUGGAUAUUUAUGGAGGCUCAAUGCUGAGUUCUGGAACAGGUCCAGAUCUCCUCCGAUGUUACUCAUUAUAUGUCCUAUUUCUUGCUAUCAAUGGAGUAACAGAGUGUUUUACUUUUGCUUCGAUGUGCAAAGAAGAGGUGGACAGGUACAAUUUUGUUAUGCUGGCCUUGUCUUUCACAUUUCUGUGCAUCUCUUAUUUCUUGACCCGCUGGCAUGGCAGUGUAGGCUUUAUCCUUGCCAACUGCUUUAACAUGGGUAUUCGAAUAGCUCACAGCAUCCACUAUAUCUAUGAUUACUUCAAAGAAAGCACUUACAGACCUUUGACAGGCUUGCUUCCAUCACCGUUUUUGGUACUCGUUUAUAUCAUAAGUGGAGUAAUCACCGGUUUCUCAGAGGUAUUCUUCUGCUGCAGCAAGGGUUGGAUGGCAAGGCUGAUUCACGUUGGCAUGGGCGCCCUGUGCUUUGCAGCAACCAUCAUUACUAUGUUCUGCACAGAGACCAAGCUGAUCCACUUUGCCAGAAGCCAGUUCCUCUAUCGGUAUAUGAAGAAAGGAACAUGAAAUAGUCAUGUGCAGAACAGUUCUUGUACAUGCUUGCAGUAAAGGAUGCAAGAUCUGUGUAGAAGAAGGUUUGCACAUGUGUUGAUUGGAAGCAUUGAUAGUGAAGUGGCAAUGUAAAAGGUUGCCAACUGAAUAUUACUUUGUCUUCUAAACUGGUCAGUACGGUGAAAGAGAGCUGAGUAAUUUUCUCCUUAUUCAGCACUCUUUUCUAAAGUUUUCUUCAAACAGCCUCUUUGGUAAGAGAUGUAAGAUACACGCUUCUGACAUAACCGAGUUGACAGACGUCAUGGAGAGAGCUCCUGUUCUUACCAUUGGGAGAGCACAUGUAUGAAGGCAUCAUACGGUUUACAUCUUAAGAUGUAAUUAAGAAUGUCCUUAUUUGGCAUGGUUGGCUGCUUAACUGGUUAGAAAAUAGUCUGACAAAAAAAAAAAAAAACAAACCACAACAAAACCCAUAAAACAAAAGCUGAAGAAAACGGUAGCGCAAGGACCAAUAGCAAUGUGAUGUUACUGAAGCAGAACAUAAUGUGGUGCAGAGAGAUUGAGUUGUCAGUGUUUUGAAUUGUAAAAUGGAGAUGUUUACAUGCAGAUUAAUGGAAUAUGUAGCACGUGUCUGUGCUAGGUAUGUAAGAUUAUUUCAUUCAGUAUAUCAUUCGUUUAUGAGGGUAUUAAUUUGUCAAAAAUACUCUGAAGCCUUAGCUAAAUGAAAAAAGAGGUUUUGAGCAGCAUUUUAUAAAAGGUGUUAAGUACAAUCACGCUGAUGCUGAAGUUCCGGAAGGUUAAUCAUAAAGCUUCUUACUUUUGCUCCAUUGUUCUUUGGUUUUCUCUGAGAUUUUUAUAUGCCAGGAUGAACAGAUUUGUCUCAAUAAAAAUUAUUUUGUCUUGUCGGUGAAAUCAAAUGUAAAAAGUUUAAUAAGAUUUCUUUCAAGGAUUUAUGCAUAUUGAAACUUUCAUUAUUGGAUAGAAAAAUGCUACUUUCUGUUGCAAUCAGUUUUUCUCAUGUCUUGUUUUUUUACUUGUUCAGUCUUAACCUUUGUAUUGAUCAGUUUUUUUUGAAUUGUUGAAAACUUGGAUGUUCAGAAGUUGUGAGAUUAGAUGUUAGGUUUACGAUUGGUGUAUUUUAUUGCUGUUCUAAGAUCUGAAUUUGGCGGUUCCAGAAUGUACAAGUAGCAGGUUUGUAGUGAUCAGUAUUCGUUUUGCAGUGUUUGGGUGGACCAAAAAACAUCAAGCAAUGAAAAAUAUGUGCUCAGACAUGUACAGUUGAAAGCUUUUAGUUUAAUUAUGUAACAACUCUGCAGAUCCUUAGACCGCUUAAAAAAAUACUUCACUGUAAUGGCAUUGUGGAGUUCAUCCUGGUAACCAUAGCUCGGUGGGAAAUGCUUUCCGGUGUCUGUUUUUGGUUUGGUACUGUUGGAAACAUUUUCUAAACUCUGGUAACUUCCACUUGGAGAAUAUUGCCAGAGAUACUGUAUAUGAGAAUUUGGUGACUGAAAAAUUAGCACAGAGAAGCCAAAAUGUGAUAGUGGAAGGAGAAAGAUGCACUUCCUCAGCUCAUGGUGGUGUCUCUAUCGCCUGGCUGGAACGUAGUCGAUAGAGACUUGCUGGAUCUUCUGAAGUUCUGAAAUCUAUCAAAAUACAACAAACUACAUUGUUCUGUCCUGUUAAGUGAAUUGGGUAGUUCUUUGCCUUUAACAUUUUUCUGUUCUGAGUUGUCUUGCAGCUUUUUUUCUCAUUUCUAUCAGUUAUGGAGUUCGUUUUGAAGUACAGCACCGUAUAUUACAGGGGGUUGAAACUUCUUUAUUGUAAAUUGUCAAUGCGUACAGUUUCUUUUCCUUUAUUUACUUGUUUAUCAUUUUUAAAAAAAGCAAGAUGGUUGAACUUCCGGACUCUUUUUAGGGUCUGACUUUUUCUUCCUGACUUUGGGACCUUACUGUGGAAAUACCUCUAUCUGUACAGUGCCUUUUAGUAACUACUUGGAAGGAGAAAUUUUGUAUAGCCCUGAACUUAAAGUGCUUAGGAGAACGAAGAAUUUUCCGUACCAAUGAGCUUAUGUCAUGCUGUCUUGUCUAGUCUUUUGGUCUGGGCUGUACAGUAAUACUACUACUGCUGCUAGUAUUGUCAUAAAUAGGGUGAUGUGAGAUCUCACUGUUCAGCUAGUGAGCUGUGUUGUCUCUCAGAUCCUUUUUCACAUGAAUGCUGUGUAUGCAUUUAAAGAAUUUUCGGUUUUGAACUGAUUGGAUUUCAUAUUGGAAUGGCUUAUAAAUAUAUCUUGCAUCUCAACAAGUGAAUACGAUUUCAUAUGAAUCAGGAAGACAUUUAAGAUGGCUUAAUCAUUGCUCAUUUGCAAAUUAAGGAUACAUCGCUCUUAAAGUUGAUCUGUAAGCAGUUCGGUGCUGGUUGGUAGGGUUUUGUGGUUUUUAAAAAAAUGUGGUUUAUGUGGCAGGAAACUGCAAGGAGGGACAGGAAGUAUAGGCCUAUCAAGCUGGCUCCUGGUUUCUUAUUUAUCUGUGUGAUCCUUCACGUAAAAGCUGUUAAUUGCUUUCUUUCUAAAGAAGCAAACUGUCAAACUGGGAGACAAAAUUGAGAUUAAACUUGACCAAAGUUCCCUUUCGUUUACUGCUCUGCCAGUCUGUCAAAGGCACAGUGGGGUGCUUAUCUAUGAAUUUCAUGAAGCUGUUUUGCACUGUUUUGAAAUCCUUUAGUUCAAGCCUAAGGAGAAUUAAAGUGUUUUCUUAAAGAAAAACUAUUAUUUCAUACAUAGCGCUGUGGGUUUUUUAACAGUUGGAUGAAUGACGUUCAGAUGACUGUAAGAUAUGAUUAUAUAAUAGGAUAAUGAUGAAUAAAAUUUAUUUCCCUUAAAUUUUGUUUUUGUCUUCUAGUUGGGGCUUAUUUGGAGUGUUAUUUGUAUCUUUGGUACAUAUGAUCCUUAAAUUUGGUUAGAUUUUCUAGGAUCUUUUAUAUUUAAAUUCAUGUAUUAGCCUAGAAACUUAUAUACCAUUUCCUAACACACACAUUGAUAAAAUUUACUGUAGUAUUUUUGUAAGAAGUGGCAUCAUUGUAGUCACGUUUUUUCCCCUCUUUGUUUUUGUUGAAAUGUAUGUUUGUAUGGAUUGGAAUGACCAAGUUUCUUUGUGUGCUUUUAAACAAUGCAUUGCUGUGAUAAAAGCUAUUUAAAUGGCCGGAAUGAACCUGAUAGUUAAUGAAUUUUGUUAGUUGGAUUAUGCUGCAAGUGCCAGUACAGGUGUUCGCUACUAUCCAAGUAAGCAAAGUUCAACGGCUUGUUCUUUUCUAGUAUUGUAAAUAUUUUAUUUGUAGGGAAGUAGGGAGGGGGGAGCAUAUGUGCAGCUUUUUUUAAUUUUUAUUAGGGUUUUUUUUUGUUUGAGGGGUUUUUUUAGAAAAAAAAAUAGGAGUUAAAGCUUUACCUUAAUGGUUAAUCUGCUUUAGUAGGCACAAAAGGCAAUAGAUGUAAGCUUGAAUGCUUACCAGAGUUUACCAACCCUAAGAGGUGUUGACUUAUUAGUUCAUAUGAAGGGUUGCCUGAGUAAGUACUUUGAGGUCAGCAAGGCCUAAUUUGAUGGCUUCUGGGUAAACUUUUAAAUUAUAUUUGUGGAUUUUGUAUUUCUUGCUGUUUGAACAUCAUAGUUUUUUGUGGCUUAAUUACCCGUAUUUUAAAGAUAAUACUGAAGAGAGAGGAUCUGAGGCUUUUUGAACUGUAUCAACGCUUCAAUACAUCUGCUGAGAUGUAAUGAUUUUGUUUGGCACCAAAUACAUAACUCAUUUGCAUUCUGAUAGUGCUAUGUAAAUGUAGCUCAUUUUCAUUAUAAGCUUAAAAUGAAGUUUGAAGCUUUCCACAUCUGAUGUACAGCUGGGCCAUGGAAACGAAGUGCAAGGCAUGCUCCAAAAGCGUUAGCAGCUGGGGGAUCUGAACAAAACAGUGAUAGGAAGUGCCUGUCUCUUGCAUUUUGGAUUGCUUCCACAAAAAGAUGUUUUGUUCUCUUGAGUUCGUGGACCAGAACUGUGGUUCAUGCACUACCUUGUGAUUUAGAAGGAGGAAUGAACCCUUUUCAGCUGGGAUGUCUGUAACUGCACACUGUGCGGUGAGCUUCAUUGAUGGGAUUUGAUGAGUGAAUACUUGCAUGUUUGGCCAAGGUAGGGUAGUUGCUUUUCUUUAAUUGUGAGGAAAGGUAAAACAACUCUGUUUUGUGUCUUGUCAGGCUUACUCAUUAGUUCUGGUAGGCGAGCAUCUAACAGAGCUCUGCGUGUUGAUUUGCUAGCUAGGUUUUGUGAUUCACGGAUCCGUCUGUGUUCUGCGUGACUUAUUUCCAAAGUUUUAUGCCAUCUCACUGAAUUGAGAAAGCGGAAAGGACUGUAACACAGCUGUCCUCUUGGUUAUAUCUGUAACCCUUUAAGACGACUGAAAUAAUUAAAGCUGUGUUGGGAAGAAAAAAAAGAUUGAGUGUGAUAGCAGUCCUUAACACAGAUAUAUGAGUAGUUCUAAUCCAAUAGAAUAAUAUUUUGUUCUUUGGAGAGACAGCUUCAAAAAGGGUAGAAGAUAACAUAGCUUGGGAGAAGACUGCAGUUUUGCCCAUAACUUUCUUGAAUGCAGGAAUAUUUCAGAUACUUGCUCCCUCACAACUCCUCCAUGAGAGGGAGGAGUGUGAGACAAGGCACUGAGGUGUUCCAGAGAGACUUGUGUCUCAGAGCAACUGAGCCAUAGUUGUGCACUACCUGUGAGAGAGAGCAUUGUGAUCACUUGUGGAUAUCUUCAAUUCCUUCCUUUUUUUGUUUGGCUUUUUUUUUUUUUUUCCCCUGACACUUUAGUUCAUAUAUUGGUAAACCAUUCAUAACCAACUCCAGUGUGUAGAUACUGCCUUUAUUUGCUGGAAAGGUCAACCUAGUCAGUCUCAAUGUAAAAAUGUGGUAGGUCCGGUACCAGAGUCCUGUGCUGGGGUGGAAUGAGGAACGUGUUGGUUGGCUAGCUGAAGGUUACGUUACCGCCUGCUUGCAAGCCCUGAGAGCAAGGAGUGAGCGAAUUUAGGUUGCACAGAAAAAUUUGUUCGUGGCUUCUUUUCGGUUUUGGAUGCUUGACAUGACAGUACUAAUGUUUUCCUAAUGGAAGGUGGUUUUGGGGGAAUAAUUUGACAAAACAAGUAUCAUACAGUGCACUCAUGGUUUCUUUUAUUUAUGUAAUGAUUUUUAGCCAUCUCUUGGCAGGGGUUGGGAGACGUUAUGGUAUGAGGAAAGGAAGAAGGGAAAUGUGGCAGAGUACGGCACACGUGCAAGGAACAUAGUGUCCCUCUGAGGAAAGAAAGGUCUGUAGUCUGGGUUCCUCCCAUCUGAAUGCAUUUCUGUCACUGCACAUGAGGCUCUUGAGUGUGUAUCUGCACAAGUGCUUCUCUAGGCAAGUAGGGCACGCUCGGAAGAAGCAGUGCGUGCUCAUGAAGUACGGUAUACUUUGCUACAGACUGCUUGUCAUUCUGCUUUGCUGGUCAAAUAGGCUUUUUAGUAUUCAUUGAAAAUUCAGGCAGUAGUGUGUGAUAACACUCUUUAGCUCUCUAACAGUACUCCCCUUUGAGGCUGACUGGACUGUAUAUUAGCCUAUGGAAACUGUGGGGUUUCCUGUGGUUCCUUCAGAACUGUGCUGACGGUUGUUGUGUUUUGGUUUCUGUUAUCCCCCUCCCAUGUCUGUCCCCCAUCCCCCCCAUUCCCUUCCCUCAGAUGACUUUAUUAGACUGUAGCUUUACACAAGUUUAUCCUGGAGCUCUGCUAAAGCACGGGGCUAGGGUCAGGGAAGUGCUAGGGCUUUACUCAAGUCUUGCUCAGUGCAGAAAGGUUGGGUGAAGGCUGGAUGGAACCUCCUCUGCCCAACAGGGGGUAGAUGUCAUCACCCAUGGCCUGAAUCUCACACUGCACAGCUGUGAGCACUUUGGCUCAGAUUUCUAAGGAAAAGUUGAGAGCUGUGGAAGAAGUCCAUAGUAAAGCCAUGCAGGAUAAGAAAGCUAGGAUUGCUUUCUUGGAACAGUAGCUUAAAGAUUCAGGAGUAAAACCACCUACAGGUACACAUCUCUGAAUGUAAAUGGCAGCUCAGGAGCCCUGAAGGUCCUUUUUAGGGAGCUGCAGAGAUUCUCUGCUGAACCAUCUGCUAGUAGAGAUGCUCGGAGUUUCACUUAGCGUCGUGGAUAUACUAUGCUUGCUAGCUUAAGCUCCACUGGUUUUGUGCAUUUAAAACAAUAUAUGAUUUAUCCUUUUAAAGCUGAAUACAUCUUGCUUGUGGAAUCUGUUUGCAAUUGACAAAAGUUGCCUGAGUGAAAUGGCUCGGAGGGAGGAUUGCAAGUUUGUGGAGAGCGCAGGUGAACGAGGUCUUUUGGAGUGAAAGGCAGAGACUGAGAGCAGAAAAGCAGAAUAACAGAAACUGAAAACAAAUGCACAGUAUGCAGGUAUGGUAGCUGGGCGUUCAAGGCACUUAGCGUUCCACUGUGGCUGACUGCUCACCAGGUGGGGAGGAGAGGGAAGGACUUUCUCCCCAUCCAGAGGAGAAUUUAGGGACUUAGAUCAUCUGAAAGAUAUUCUGGUGUGGGAACAGGAAGCUUUCAUGGCUGAAGAUCCAUUGAGGAAGGCUGGAAAAGCAUUUGCAAUGUGUCAAGAGCCUUACAUCUAAGGCAACGUUAAGGUUGUUGCAGUAUGGGCCUUGCGGAGAGCUGCAACCAAUUUGACUAGUUGUUACAGUUCGGAAAAGGAAAAUUAGUCUCCAUAGGGUGAGAAAAGGUGGAUUUGAAUUCAGAGGUUGAAUUAUUGAACGAACAGGAAUAGAAUCAGAGUGGAAGAACAGAAGAAAGGUAGUGCAGAGUAGUGUGCUUGUGCUGCAAAAAGCCUGUCUUCAGCAUUGGGUGAUGAAGUGAGCCCAGAUGGCACGUAAUGAAGAACACACAAAAGGUUAGACAAUAAAAUCUCAAGCUGGGGAGUUAAAUGGGCAGUUGAAAAAAGCUUAAGUGGCUUCAGGGUGGUAGUUGGAAGCAGUGUUGUGGAUAGGAUCAUUCAGCUUGCUAGAGGAGUCCAUUGAUCUUUGAAAAGUGCAUUGCAGGAAGAGCACGGUGUGGUUGGAUUUGUCAGUGCAGAAUUUAGCCCAGAAGACCUCAACCAGUGAGACUGAAGUGGAGAUGGUACAAUCUAGACAACUUUGGUGCAGGUAUACCAAGUUACCUGGAAAACAUUCCUUUCUUCUCCCUAUACUUUGCAUCAAGAUUUAGACCGGUCCUCUUCUACUAACCAGGCUCUGCUGCUACUGCGGUUCUAGCCCAUAUGGGCAGCCUUGAUGCAAGAGAAUGAGAGAAACUCUGGGUGGUGGCAGAUAAAUCAAAAACGCUGACGCUCCCAGGAGAAGCUGUCACACCAUAUGGAUGAAAACAUUCAUCUCUACUAAGGAUCACAGGACACGGGGAGUACGUGGCAAUGAAGGGUCAAGUUGUGGUGCAGACCGUGCUUUCCUCAACAAGAUACACACUUCCUGAAGGAACUCGGAGUAGACAUAGAGCAAGCAGUCAGCACAGCGUAUCCUAGGAUUAAUGAAUUGGGGAACAGAAGCGGAAACAUCAAAGUUUUUUGCACCAAUAAUACACGGAUUGCAAAUAGUAGUGUAUUAGUAUGAAUGCUCACUAUUACAAUAGUAGAAAAUUUGAUAUAUUAAGUAUGGACUCGAAUGAGCAAAGAAAGGCAAUUGGCAAAUACUGCUUACUUGCAAAUCCACUUUAAACAAGGGGGUGUUUAUAUGAUUUACUGCAAUUUUGGGAAAUGAAGAAAUAGAAAUGAAAAAAAGGGAGUAUCUCUUCUGCUUGAGGAAGUGAAACUGCAGCCAUUGAAAGAGUAAUAGAAGACUGGGAAAAAUAAUUGUUUUCAGAUUUGGAAUUGGAUUGACAAGCUGUUGCGAAGUGGGGACCAAUAUGGGGAAAGGCAGGCAUGUGCUGUGGGAAUGACAAAACACGAACAACCUUUGGUGACAUGUGGCUCAGCCCCCAAGGAUUAUACAGGACUAAAUGCGUGUGAAAAGGCACAGUCCGGCUGUAAUUGUAGAAAAAGCUGGUUGCGCAGUGUAUCAGGAAGAUAUAAUAGGAUGAAGAAUAGACCAAAAUGCAAAGACAGACCGAUCUGGGAAGAAGUGAUUUAAAUUUCAGUUAAAGCUUUGAAAGACUGAAUCAGAAGCACAGUAACUUAAUAUCCAUUGUAAGUUCUUAUGGUUUAUUUUACAGGAUGAUGGUGCCAGCAUUAUCGGCUUGAAGAGGAGUAGGUCAGCACAGUGAUGAUGAUGCUGACUUAUUAAUGUCCCUUAAAGCAAAUGCAAGUGUAACUAUAGAGGGACUCCAGGAGGGGUGAAUAAAACAGAAGGGAAGAGGUAAUGAAACUAGGGUAGAGGUAAUGUUGAAGGAAGACAGUGGCUAAGUAUUAGAGGAGGCUUGUAUGUGUCUGGUAACCAAAGCUUGCUCCCUCCCUCCACUUUGUGUGUGUCUAAUAUUUUCAAUUUUAACUACGAUUUGAGUCGAUCAACAUGUUACUAUUGGUAAAACUGACUGUGAAAUUAAUACCUCUCCUUAGAAUAAAGGAAAGAAUGGUAGAGAUACCUGUAGUCUAGUAACAUAUCAGACUUGUUAACUACAAAUUUUUUUCUGUGCAAAAGAAGAGUAAGAGUACACACUUACUUUGUGUAAGAGUUCAGAGCAAAGACUUCUGCAUUGAGACUGUGCCAAGAAAACACAAUGAUUCCUGGUAGUUGUUGUUCUUUGCCUGCUGUGUUAGAACUGCCUUAACAAUUAUUUGUACUAAAUACAAAACCGAUUUGCUUGUUGGAAAGGGAAAAGUGGAAGCAGUGGGUAUCAAGCAAAUGGAGAACAGACAUGAGCAGGUCACAGUAUAAUUUGAGAUUACUGGCUAGAAUAUUGGCAAAAAAGGUUAAGAGUAACAAGUUUGCUGUCUGGAUGCAUCAAUGCCUUACAAAGGUGGGAAGCUUGCUUGAUGGAUAGCUUCACCAAAUUAAAAAAUAAUAGUGAUAGUAAUACUCUAAUUUUUCUUCAAUGAUAACAUAGUAUUUCUCUGUCAUUAGAAAUUUCAAGCAACAGCGAUGAACUGAUAGUUAAAGAAUGUCACUGCCAUGAAAUAUUAGCUGAAGACAUCCCUUAGCUACAAGCCAGAUUUAUGAAGGGAAAAAAAAAAAGUGAAAUGAGCUUUACAGUCCUAAGAAAACAAGCUGAAAUGGAAGUUAUAGCUGCUCAUGCAGAACUUGAACAAGUAUUACAUGCAAUUACACUUGAUCUUUAGCACUGUAAUUAAUAAAUGUUUUGAUGCCAUAUCUGUUACCAAUAAAUCACCUGGCCACUAACAAGAAUAA